AUGGCGAACGACGACAAGAUUUCUUCCGUGGCCCGAAAGAAACGCACGGUCCUAAUCACAGGCUGUUCGGACGGCGGGUUGGGUUCUGCACUUGCCAUUGCUCUACGUGAGACUGGCCUCCACGUGUACGCCACGGCACGCAACCCUUCCAAACUCGCCCAGGUACAAGCCCACGGGAUCGAGACCUUCACAUUGGAUGUCCUUUCCCCAGAGUCGAUUUCGGCCGCGGUAACCAAAGUCACCCACCUGGACAUGUUGGUCAACAAUGCAGGCGCCCUCUACAGCAUGCCCAUAACAGACAUGUCGAUCCCUCAGGCCAAAGAGCUCUUCGAUCUGAAUGUUUGGUCCUACCUUGCCAUGACGCAGGCCUUUCUGCCCCGGCUGCUCGAGUCCAAGGGCAUUGUGGUCAAUCAGACCUCGUCGGCGGGUCUGACGCCCAUCGCCUUCCAGUCGGCGUACAACGCCUCCAAGGCCGCCAUGAUCAUGUUUUCGGACUGUAUGAGACUGGAGCUUGCCCCCUUGGGCAUCAGGGUGGUGGACCUGAAAUCGUCCAAUGCCUCGUCCAACAACUUCAGCAACAACCUGGGUGCAAAGCUACCCGCCGGUUCGCUCUACGCGGUGGCGAGGGACACGGUCGAGAGAGUCAUGCGCGGAGAGACGUUCCCCAUGGAAGUGACGGCAGAGCAGUGGGCGAAACAGGUCGCGAGGGACCUCCUGAAGAAAGAUACCCCUCCGGCCAACAUCUGGAGAGGAACAAAGGCCGGGGUCGCCUGGUUGUCGAGCAUUCGGCCGUUCGCAUUGCCGGAGGGGUUACUCAAAAAGUUGGCCGGCCUGGACGUCGUGGAACGGGCUGUGAGCAAACAAUGA